ACCAUUCUUGCACCUUUCUCCCCCUCGCCGGAACUCCAGUCGCCGGCGUUUCCUUCUCCCCUACAAUGAGGCUGCUUCGCAAGCAACAUCACCAGAUUCCGUCCACUUCGUCCCCAAAGCCCUCGAAGCCGCCGUCGCGAUCUUCCUCCGUCGCUCGAUCAGCGGCCUCUUACCUCCUCCGCGAGCAGCGCCUCGUCUUCCUAAUCGUCGGCAUCCUCAUCGCCUCCUCCUUCUUCCUCCUCCAAGCAUUCCUCUUCUCCAGGCCCUCCCAAACUCCCCCUCGCCACAUCUCGCCUCUCAAGUCCUCUCACUUCUCCUCCGCCGUUGUAGCGAGGCCUAUGAUACCGAUUGGGCUGAGGAAACCAUCAUUGCGGGUUCUGGUAACGGGCGGGUCGGGUUUUGUUGGCAGCCAUUUGGUGGACCGAUUGAUCGAUAGGGGGGAUAGCGUGAUCGUCAUCGACAAUUUCUAUACGGGGAGAAAGGGGAAUGCCGUCCAUCAUAUUGGCAAUCCAAGGUACGAGUUGAUACGACACGAUGUCGUUGAGCCAAUCCUCGUUGAAGUCGACCAGAUUUACCAUUUGGCUUGCCCGGCGUCUCCCGUUCAUUACAAGCGUAAUCCGAUCAAGACAAUCAAGACAAAUGUGAUCGGAACCUUGAACAUGUUGGGCUUGGCAAAGAGAACUGGAGCUCGGUUUUUAUUGACAAGCACUAGUGAGGUUUACGGAGACGCACUUGAGUACCCGCAGAAGGAGAAUUAUUGGGGAAAUGCAAAUCCUAUUGGUGUUAGAGGCUGUUAUGAAGAAGGGAAACGAGUUGCUGAAACUUUAGCCAUGGACUACCAUCGUAGCGCUGGUGUGCAGGUACGCAUUGCACGUAUUUUCAAUACCUAUGGGCCUCGUAUGAGCAUUGAUGAUGGACGUGUUAUCAGCAACUUUGUUGCCCAGGCACUCCGAAGAGAACCACUGACUAUCUAUGGUGAUGGAAAUCAAACACGAAGUUUCCAGUAUGUUUCUGACUUGAUUGCUGGAUUAAUCAAGCUGAUGGAUGGUGAAAAUGUUGGACCUUUUAAUCUUGGAAACCCGGGAGAAUUUACUAUGUUAGAUCUGGUUGAGGUUAUCAAGGAAACAAUUGAUCCAAGUGCGACAGUAGUUUUCAAACCCAAAACGGCUGAUGAUCCCCAUAGAAGAAAGCCUGAUAUCACCAAGGCCAAGCAGCUACUGAACUGGGAACCAAAGGUUCCACUCAGAGAAGGUCUCUCAAUAAUGGCCAAAGACUUCCGCAGAAGGAUUCAAAACGAGUAA